GAUUUCAUAAUACAAGGCGGUGACCCAACCGGAACUGGUCGGGGAGGUUCAUCAAUCUACGGAGAUAAAUUCGAAGAUGAAAUUCACCCAGACUUAAAGCACACAGGUGCAGGAAUUUUAAGUAUGGCUAAUUCGGGUCAAGAUACUAACGGUAGUCAGUUUUUCAUCACAUUGGCGCCUACUCCGUGGUUGGAUGGAAAACAUACGAUAUUUGGCAGAGUGAGUGAUGGUAUGAGAGUUGUUAAGCGUAUGGGACUCGUUGAUUGUGAUUCGGAUGAUAG